AGACAGGAAGCUGUGAAAAGGGGGAGAGGGCAGACAAGCAGGGCCUAGGGGUUCCCGUCCUGGACAGGGGAUGAAGCCAGCCAGGUGCACCCCUCCUAAUCCAGCCCCAGAAUGGCACUGCCUCCCAGUCCCCUGGCCAUGGAAUAUGUCAAUGACUUUGACUUAAUGAAGUUUGAGGUAAAGCGGGAACCCUUGGAGGGGAGAUCUGGCCCCCCGACAGCCUCACUGGGCUCCACACCUUACAGCUCAGUGCCUCCAUCACCCACCUUCAGUGAGCCGGGCACGGUGGGGGCCACCGAGGGCACCCGGCCAGGCCUGGAGGAGCUGUACUGGCUGGCCACCCUGCAACAGCAGUUGGGGGCUGGGGAGGUGCUGGGUCUGAGUCCUGAGGAGGCCGUGGAGCUGCUGCAGGGUCAGGGCCCAGUCCCUGUUGAAGGGCCCCACACCUACUACCCAGGGAGCCCAGAGGAGACCGGAGCCCAGCAUGCCCAGCUGGCCGAGCGGUUUUCGGACGCGGCGCUGGUGUCGAUGUCUGUGCGGGAGCUAAACCGGCAGCUGCGGGGCUGCGGGCGCGACGAGGCGCUGCGGCUGAAGCAGAGGCGCCGCACGCUGAAGAACCGCGGGUACGCGCAGGCCUGUCGCUCCAAGCGGCUACAACAACGGCGCGGGCUGGAGGCCGAGCGCGCCCGCCUGGCCGCCCAGCUGGACGCGCUGCGGGCCGAGGUGGCCCGCCUGGCCAGGGAGCGCGACCUCUACAAGGCUCGCUGUGACCGGCUGGCCCCGAGCGGCCCAGGGCCGGAGGCCACGCCCCCUUCUUCCUCUGAGCCACUGGCCGCGGAGUGGUGGAGUCGGUGGGCGGGCGGCGCGCACCACCCGGGAGGCGGCUGUACCAUUCACUAG